CCAGUCGUAAAAUCGACUCCGUCUGACUAGUUUUGGUUUUGGAGAAACUUCUUUUUCCUGAGGAGAAGAAAAGGUCGGAUUUCAGAAAAAGCAACAACUUUAAGAUUCUGGGGGCGGGGAGGAGGAGGAAGAAGAAGGAUAAUCCUGUUUCCACUUCACCAUUGCUUUAGGCUCAUAACAGUGAGAUCUGAAAGUGGCUUUUAAUUUUGCGACACAAGUCUUCGGAUAACAGAAACUACUUCCGGGUGAAACCCGGUGACCUUGGCUGUUUGUGAUCGCUAUGGCGGCGCUGGCGAGGAUUAGCUCGAUUUGCAACCGGGGCGUUAGCCCUCUGUUAUUCCGCAGUGCUUCUCUUAUCAGACCUUUGGCGGCACAUAAAAAGGACCAGGAUCACUCGUACUUGCUCGCAGCCAAAGUACACACAACACCGGUUCACUAUGAUGGCCACCGUGCCUCACUGCACUGGACAGGAGAGCGAAUCGUGAGUGUAAUUCUCCUGACCAUGGGUCCUAUCGCCUAUUUCUACCCCGGGGGUGUCAUGGACUACUCCCUGGCUGCAGCGCUCACUCUGCAUGGCCACUGGGGAUUGGGCCAGGUUCUGACUGACUACGUUCAUGGAGAUACGAAAGUCAAGUUGGCAAAAGCAGGCCUCUUUAUUCUGUCCACUGUUACCUUUGCGGGUCUGUGCUACUUUAAUUACCACGAUGUAGGGAUCUGUAAAGCCGUGGCGCUCCUCUGGAGUAAAUAGAUGGACAGUCACAAAGGUUGGGAAAGUGGUUCGGGUCCUGAAGGUUUUUUUUUUUUUCCUCAGUAGAUGUCCCAGUCGAUUGUAUACGUUUGUGGGAUUAAAUGUAAAUUCUAUAAAUAUAUCAUUUUGACAAGAUACAACAUUGAUUCAUGGGUGUUUAUAAUUGCUGUUGACCAAAUUGAAUAUUUUUCUGCUUAAAUUAUGACUGCAUAUACGUGGAGGUUGACUGGGCAGGGUUGACUUGGUGUGUUUUUGAGAGGGAGAAGUGUGUUAGAGCUCAUAUCCACACUUGCUGUAUUUCAUAUGGAUAGCUUUGGUAUGGAUACCGGGGGGGGGGGGGGGGGAAUUCAGCAUAUGGUUGUUUCUUUUAGUCUUUCUAACCAUUGUCCUACAUGUCAAAACCCUCACAAUGGUUGUUUUUCAUUUAUUAAAUUAUUUUUAUACAUUGAAAACACUCACAUGAGAACCUGUCCUGGUUCUGCUUCAUUUCGUGUCAUCUUGAGGGAAUCCUUUCUGUUUGCUGAUUAGCAGUAUAUAACGAUAAAGUCAAAAGUAAUUCUGAUGCUUUUUUCUCUUUUUUUUGGAGAACUAUGAAUCAGUGUCAGCCAUUGCUAUUUAAUCAGUUGGUUAAAAUGUACCUUAAAAUCUCUUCAUUUUUUUUUCAUGGCCUUAAUUCUAUUCAAAUUCAGCAUUUCAUGUAGAAAUUUUACAUGGCCUUAAUUCUGUUACAGUUGAUUAUUUUCUGAUAUCUUGUCAUUUAUCUGCAACUAUGCUCAGAAUAUUGUAAAGCGAUGGAGCAUCUGCUUAUGUGUUCAUUUGUGUGCGUGUGUGUACAAGCUAAGACAUGAACACGAAUCAUGCCUGAUGAGUCUGUCACUCAGUGUUAUUAAUCUGACUUGAUCAUAUUUGAAUGCACAAUUUAGCUUUGGAUAAAGUCAUUUGUCUUUGGCCUCAAUGAAAUAAAGUCAGUUUUACGGA